CGACCAAGGCUCAAUGGGCCUGGGGAUUUUUCGAGACUCCUAACGAAGCUAUGCCUGACCUGAUACAGCACACAAAGAGAUAAGGAUUUUACGGCUACCGUGAAGUGGUUUUGUCUCUCAACCCCAUACAUGUAAAACAUAUACGGCGCCUUCAUACAGUGGUCGACGCUCAAGACUCAGCGUUCAAAAUCGCCAAGCAGCACGUGGUGCAGUCUGCCGGAGCCCCAACUGGACACCUGGGCACCUACGACUCUGAAGCUUUUCAACAAAUGUUAUUCUGAAACUCCAUCCCCGCCUUCAGAUUAUUACGGCGAUGUCGAAACGGAUGAGCUCUUUUCAUCUAUUCUAUCACCUCAAACUGUGCCCAGAAUCAUUGGUACACAUCAGCAUUCAAUAUGGAUGGCACAGCCCUUGCUCAAGAGACCCGCUCUCAGCCUGAUGUCACGCCUGGCGACGCCACAAGAUGCCAUGGAUGCGCGGCUGCCGGCGAUAGCUUCCCAGAGCCACUGAGGAGAUGCUCGGGGUGUGGCAAGGCGUGGUAUCACUCGCAGGACUGCCAACGGACUCACUGGAAAACACACAGGCCCACCUGUCGCGCGAAUCGUCCCAAGAAAGAAGACGCACACAGAUACCUCAAUACAACUGCACGCUCGUCACCUGAGGCGCGGGAACUCAUGAGAACCGUUAAUCAUCAUUUCCCAACAUCUCCGACCCAGAUGGAGGGCAUGGCCAAACCACUCCGAAGUCUGAUAUACACCGGCAAGGACACACCAGAGAACAUGCAGUUGAUUUUCGGCCCCGAAUGGCGCAGGAGCCUGGGCAAGACGUACGAGGACGCUCGCAUCGAAAUCCUGCUCGACGCUCCCCGCGGCUCUCCGAGCUACGCCAUGAACCAGGGCCUGAUCGGCGCCAAUCGCCUCGAACGCUCGCCACGGCCCGCCACAGAAUCUGAGAAGCAGUUGAUCGGCGAGGUCAGAGAGAUGCAGUACAUGAUGGGGUCGCCGUCCUCGAAUGACACGAAGGCUGUUUUGAGCUCCUACGGGGCAGACUGGACAUCUCAUCUGCGGACGUACAUGCUUGCGAUCAACACCAUGGAUCAGGGUGUUCAGACGUGA